CGGAAUCAGCUGCCUUUGUUCCUAUCUCCCAUCAUCGAUGUCAGCAGGACUUUAUUUUUUUUGCGCAUCUCUUCCUCUUGCUCUUGCAAGUUUAAUUUGUUUGAGUUGCCGUUGUUUUGCUGGUUUCUAACUAUUUGGAAAUAAACAAUAACUAUGGACUCUGAAAAGCCGUUGCCAGUCCGACAGCUUUUCCUCAUCUGUGCAGUGCGAUUUGCAGAACCUAUCAGCUUUAGCAUUCAUGUUCCAUUUAUCUACUUUAUGGUUCGUGAUUUCCAUGUUGGGAAGGACACGGAUAUUGGAUAUUAUGUAAGCUUAAUCACGUCAGCAUUCGCUAUCUCGCAACUUGCAUCAGCGAUGCCGAUCGGAAUGAUCUCGGAUAGAAUUGGAAGACGCCCAGUCGUCCUGCUCGGUUUAGCUGUUGGUAUCAUUAGUAGUAUAUCAUUUGGAUUAUCAAAGACGUACGCAUGGGCCCUGUGCACCAAAAUUUUGUCUGGAUUGUUGGACAACAAUAUUGCGGUGUUGAAGAGCAUGGUAUCAGAAUUGAGCAUGGGAUAUUCGGAAACACAGAGAGCACGUGCCUUUUCGAUGCUCCAGGUCGUCUUUGGCCUUGGCGGUAUUGUGGGUGCUAGUCUUGGAGGCUAUUUAUCGGAACCAGUGCGAAAAUACCCGGCCGUUUUUGGACGUGGAGGUCCUAUCACAGACUUUCUAACCGAGUUCCCAUACUUUCUACCAUGCUUUGUUGCAUCAUGUAUCGCGACUGUUGGUUGGAUUGCCGGCUUUUUGCUUUUGGAGGAAACGCUGAUUCGAAAGAAGGAAUCCCUGAUAUCGCAGCAGGAAGACGAAGAGGGAGGCGAAGAAGAAAGACUUUUAACUGAGGAAGCAGAAAGUGGUUAUCAAACAUUUGGCGCAAACAAUGACCAGUCUAAUUUGGAUCCGAAGCCAUCAUCGGCAUCUUUCCGUGACGCGUUGACACCCGCAGUUAUAGCAGUUUGUGUAACAUACGGGUUAGCAGCCUACCAGAACGUCUUUUACGAUGAGCUCUUCCCGACCUGGUCCGCAACGGAUCGUGAUACUGGUGGUCUUGGACUGAAUUCAAACGAAAUCGGCACAGCGUUAUCCUUUGCUGGCAUGGUCACGCUGUUCGUGCAAUUUUUCAUGUAUCACCGUCUGACCGGAUGGUUGGGCACUGUCCGUUUGUUCCGCGCAUCGUUGCUGCUCAGUAUUUUUGUAUUUGGGUUGCAGGGUUGCGUGCGAUACUUGCACAGUGGUGAUGAUGACGGCAAAUGGUUGCUCUUUGCCGGCUUGUUGCUGAGCAUUGGACUCAAAACAUUAUGUCAAACGGUGGCAAUGACAGGAUCCAUCAUCCUUGUCAACAAUGCGGCGCCUCGCAUGGAUGCUUUGGGAGCUAUCAACGCUUUCUCACAAUGUUGCUCGAGUGCUAUGCGCGCGCUGGGACCUGCAUCAUCUGGUUACAUCUAUUCCUCGACAAUCGCGGCGGUCUGGCUCCCAUUUGUUAUCCGCGCCCAUCUCAGCUGGAUCCUUUUAGGUUGUGUCGCAGCAGUUACAUUUGUCGUCAGCAUGCAACUCAACCCAGCAAAGUAUCUUUCCAGAAGAAAAGAGUAG